AUGGUGGCUCCCGAUUCCGAGGCUCCUGCGAAUCCUCGGAUAGCGGCCGCCGCGCACGAGAGCCCCUCCGCAGCCGAGGCGCGCCACAGCGCCGACCUGUACAUUCGCACCAGCUGGGUGGACGCGGCCUUAGCGCUCUCCGAACUUGAAAAGGGUAACAUCGAGGGCGGGCGCACGUCGCUGUGGAUCCGAGCGUGGCUCCAGGAACAGCUGUUCAUAUUAGGCUGUUUCCUGCAAGGCGACGCCGGCAAAGUUCUAUUUGUCGCGAUUCUCGUGCUCUCAACGUUCUGUGUCGGUUUGAAAUCUGCGCAGAUACACUCGAGGGUCGACCAACUCUGGGUUCAAGAGGGUGGUCGGUUAGAAGCUGAAUUGAAAUAUACCGCAAAGGCACUGGGAGAAGCUGACUCCUCAACACACCAGCUCAUCAUUCAAACUGCUAAAGAUCCUGACGUGUCGCUACUACACGCAGGCGCGUUGCUCGAACAUCUAAAGGUGGUCCAGGCAGCAACCCGCGUCAAAGUGCAUAUGUACGAUAUAGAGUGGAGGCUAAAAGACCUCUGCUAUAGCCCCAGCAUACCAGAUUUCGAAGCUUAUCACAUCGAGAAGAUCAUCGACAACAUCAUUCCAUGCGCGAUCAUUACGCCACUCGACUGUUUCUGGGAGGGAUCCAAGUUAUUAGGACCUGAUUAUCCCAUUUAUGUCCCUGGACUACAAAACAAAUUACAAUGGACUCAACUUCACCCACAAGAGGUUCUAGAAGAAGUAAGGAAACUGAGGUUCCAGUUUCCAUUCAGUACGAUGGAAGCUUACAUGAAGAGGGCAGGUAUCACCUCCGCCUACAUGAAGAAGCCAUGCCUCGACCCCACCGAUGCCCACUGUCCAGACACGGCACCCAACAAGAAAUCAGGCAAUAUUCCAGACGUAGCGGCGGAACUGUCCCACGGGUGCUACGGUUUCGCGGCAGCAUACAUGCAAUGGCCGGAGCAGCUGAUAGUAGGUGGAGCUACCAGGAACUCCACGUCAGCCCUGAGGAGUGCGAAAGCGUUACAAACGGUGGUGCAACUGAUGGGCGAGCGAGAGAUGUACGAGUACUGGGCAGACAACUACAAGGUGCACCAUGUUGGGUGGACGCAGGAGAAGGCCGCUGCAGUGUUAGACUCAUGGCAGAGGAAGUUUGCUGCUGAGGUGCGAAGGAUGACUGUGACAGAGUCGGUGUCGCCGUCGUAUAGUUUCUACCCAUUCUCUACGUCAACACUUAACGACAUACUCGGCAAAUUCUCCGAACUGUCGUUAAAAAAUAUUAUGUUAGGAUACAUGUUCAUGUUAAUUUAUGUAGCAGUGACACUAAUGCAGUGGCGUGACCCAGUCCGCUCGCAGGCCGGUGUGGGUAUAGCCGGGGUACUGCUACUUUCAAUCACUGUCGCAGCCGGGUUAGGCUUUUGUGCUUUGUUAGGUAUACCCUUCAAUGCGACAAGUACGCAGAUAGUUCCGUUUCUGGCGUUAGGGUUGGGCGUGCAGGACAUGUUCCUUCUCACUCACACGUACGUGGAGCAAGCGGGAGAUGUGCCGCGCGAGGAGCGAACUGGCCUGGUGCUCAAGAAGAGUGGCCUCAGCGUGCUGCUGGCCUCGCUCUGCAAUGUCAUGGCCUUCCUGGCUGCGGCCUUACUACCAAUUCCAGCCCUGCGCAGUUUCUGUUUACAAGCGGCCAUCCUUCUCCUCUUCAACGUUGGCUCGAUGUUACUGGUGUUCCCCGCUAUGAUCUCUCUGGACCUCCGGCGGAGAUCAGCAGCUAGAGCCGACCUACUGUGCUGCCUGAUGCCCGAGAGCCCUGUGCCCAAGCGUCCUAGAAAGAUCGCUGAUCGGUCCAGGAGUAAAAGUGGAAAGACUGAAAAGACUGCUUGGAAAGACACCACAAAACAACCGUUAGAUCCUGAGGAUCUGGGCGACCAAUCGAAAGUGACGUGCUGCUUGAGUCUGUCGCUCACCAAGUGGGCGAAGAACCAAUACGCACCAUUUAUCAUGCGACCUUCUAUUAAGGUCACAUCAAUGCUAGCGUUGAUCGCAGUAAUACUGGCAAGUGUAUGGGGAGCUACGAAAGUCAAAGACGGUCUAGACCUUACAGACAUAGUGCCAGAGAAUACGGACGAACAUGAAUUCCUAUACCGACAGGAAAAAUAUUUCGGCUUCUACAGCAUGUACGCAGUCACUCAAGGAGACUUCGAAUAUCCCACCAAUCAGAAACUACUUUACGAAUACCAUGACCAGUUUGUUAGAUACCAAAUAUAAUAAAGAACGACAAUGGCGGCCUCACAAAAUUCUGGUUGAGCCUCUUCCGAGACUGGCUACUGGAUUUACAAGCAGCUUACGACAAGGAAGUCGAGAGCGGAUGCAUAACACAGGAGUACUGGUGUAAAAACGCAAGCGACGAGGGCAUAUUGGCAUACAAACUUAUGGUGCAGACCGGACAUGUGGACAAUCCCAUCGACAAAUCUCUAAUUACGACUGACACGAAAAACGGUCAUAGAUUGGUAGAUAAGGACGGUAUUAUUAAUCCAAAAGCAUUCUAUAAUUACCUAUCAGCGUGGGCUACGAAUGAUGCUCUGGCAUAUGGCGCUUCACAAGGAAACUUGAAGCCACAACCUAAGAGAUGGACACAUUCGUCGGGAGACACAGAGCUCAAAAUACCGAAGUCGUCGCCACUUAUCUACACACAGCUACCGUUCUACUUAUCAGGUUUGACUGACACAGAAAGCAUAAAAAACCUGAUAAUGUCUGUGCGGGAUCUGUGCUUAAAGUUCGAAGCGAAGGGAUUGUCUAAUUUCCCGUCUGGUAUUCCUUUCCUAUUCUGGGAGCAGUAUUUGUAUUUGAGAACAUCACUGCUCCUGCCCUCGCUUGUGCUCUAGCUGCAGUUUUUGUGGCUGUAAUGGUACUCCUCCUGAACUUCUGGGCAGCAGUCUGGUUACUUUGGCUCUAGCGACAUUAGUGCUGCAGUUGUUGGGUGUGAUGGCACUUUUGGGAUUCAAGUUGUCUGCAGUACCAGCUGUUUUACUAGUCCUUGCUAUAGGCAGGGGCGUUCACUUUACUGUUCAUUUGUGUCUGGCAUUCGUAACUUCAAUUGGUUGCAAGCGACGACGAGCAUCUUUGGCUCUUGAGUCAGUGUUAGCUCCAGUAGUACAUGGCACGAUAGCUGCAGCUCUUGCAGCUUCCAUGCUGGCCACCAGCGAGUUCGGGUUUGUGGCAAGACUGUUUCUACGACUACUGCUAGCACUGGUACUACUCGGUUUGAUAGACGGAUUGCUAUUCUUCCCAAUCGUACUAGCUAUAUUGGGACCAAAUGCUGAGGUUCGACCACUAGAAUAUCCCGAAAGACUAUCGACACCAUCCCCGAAGAGUUCCCCAGUGCAUCCUCGUAAAUCAAGCUCAAAUUCUGGAGGAAGCGAUAAGGGAAGUCGUGGAGGAAAGUCUGCGCCGAGACCAUCGGCUCCUUCACUAACGACCAUUACUGAGGAACCGCCCAGCUGGCACUCCUCCGCUCCCUCUGUACAGUCCUCCAUGCAGUCCAUCGUCGUUCAACCCGAAGUGGUUGUAGAAACUACUACUUACAACGGCAGUGAUUCAGCCUCAGGACGAUCGACGCCGACUUCAAAAGCGCCUCAUCCGGGCGCUAUCACUACUAAGGUAACUGCGACAGCAAACAUAAAAGUUGAAGUAGUGACACCAAGUGACAGAAAAUCAAGAAGAUCGUAUCACUACUACGACCGACGUAGGGACCGCGAUGACGACAGGGAGAGAGAUAGAGACAGAGAAAGAGACCGGGAUCGGGAUAGAGAUAGAGAUCGAGAGCGAGAGCGAGACCGUGACGUGACCGAGACCGAGACAGGGAUAGAGAUAGGUCGAGAGAACGAGAUCGCAGGGAUCGAUUUAGAGACGAACGAGACCACCGAGCCUCACCUAGAGAAAACGGCCGCGACUCAGGCCACGAAAGUGACUCAUCGCGACAUUGA